AUGCAUACGAAAGAGGAUGAUCGCUACGUACUGUACGGUGGACCCGACCCGACUGAUCUCGAUCAUUUCGGAUCGCUCGGGGAAGUCAUUGUAGAAGAGCUGAAGCUGCGACCGACAAAUGUCGGAUUGGUUGAACCGGUAUCUUUGGUAGAACUCACCUACGGCCAGAUAUUAGACCAAUCGGUUCGCUUAGCUUCCGGCCUAUCCAAACUAGGAGUCGGAACAUCGGACAAUGUGGCGAUCGUCAGCCAAAACAGUCUCGAGUAUUGCAUUGCGAUGUUCGGCACCAUUUUCGUCGGAGCUCCGUUGGCAUUGAUCAACCCCGCUUACCUGGAAGGUGAGCUGAAGCAUGCGAUAAGUUUGGCCAAUCCGAAGGUUGUGUUUAUUUCACCGGACGUGCUGGAGAAGCUUAUGAAAGCGAUUCGCGGGCUGCAGCUGACUGGAGUACGCGUGAUACUUUUGGGUGACCAUCCGGCUGCCAAAUCGUACCCGGAGGUAACUCCUUACGCCACCUUGAUAAGCGAAACGGUUGAUGUGUCGCGAUACAAACCUGUGCCAGUGGACAAGGCUGGUCAUGUGGCGCUGAUCGUGCUCUCCUCGGGUACGACCGGCCUGCCGAAAGGGGUAGAGCUAACGCACCAAAGCAUCAUUAGUACCAUUGCGCAAUCGAAAGAAGCUGCAAAAGUACUCGAGUUGCCUGAUCAGUUGGUAGCGCUGGCCGCGACUCCACUGUUCCACGUAGUAGCCGGUGUCGGGAUGCUCAACAUGGUGACCAACAACUGUCGGUGCGUGGUGAUGCCGAGGUUCGAUCCUCACAUGUUUCUAAGCUGUAUCGAACGGUACAAGGUCAAUCUGAUGACGGUGGUUCCGCCGUUGAUGGUGUUUCUGGCCAAACACCCUAUGGUUGAUGACUACGAUCUGUCCUCGCUAUUGAAUCUGAUCUGCGGGGCCGCACCACUGAGUAAGGAUAUUGAAGAGAAGGUCCGGGAGCGCAUUGGGGUGCCAUUUAUACGGCAAGGGUACGGCAUGAGCGAAACGACACUCGGUGUGCUGAUGCAGGACGGGUAUGACAACAAGAUUGGUAGCGUGGGUCGAGUGCGGCUGGGUCAGUGGGUGAAGGUGAUCGAUCCCGAAACGGGCCGCGCUCUCGGUCCAAAUCAACGUGGCGAGCUGUGCUUCAAGGGAUCGCUCAUCAUGAAGGGUUACGUCGGUCUGGAUAAACCGAUCGACGAGGAUGGAUGGUUGCAUACGGGAGAUAUUGGCUACUACGAUGACGAUCAGGAGUUCUUCAUUGUCGAUCGCAUCAAGGAGUUGAUCAAGUACAAAGGCUUUCAGGUACCGCCCGCCGAACUGGAGGCCAUACUGCUGGAGAACCCCAAGAUUAGUGAUGCGGCUGUGAUUGGUGUGCCGGACGAGCGAGCCGGAGAGUUACCACUGGCGUUCGUCGUGCGAGAGUACGGCGAACAGAUAACGGAACGCGAGGUGAUCGAUUUCGUUGCUAGUAGGGUGUCGGAACAGAAGCAGUUGCAUGGCGGAGUACGAUUUGUCGAAGAAAUUCCAAAGACUGCUAGCGGCAAAAUUCUAAGACGAGAGCUUAGGGAAGCAAUCAAAUGUGUAAAGGCAAAGCUGUAAGUUGCAGGGAAUGCUUGUAGUUAAACGGAUCUAGUUUUUCACACAAGGUUGAUGACUUAUUUUGCUUUU